GGCAUAUUCACGGGGUCCCAAUAAAUACAUACUACCACUACCAAAGCCGCAAAGAUCUGUCAUUCAGGGGGUAGACCGACCGAGGGUUUCAGAGUUGUAAUUACCGUGAGACUUUAUCCACAAGCUUCAGCCAGAUGUAACGAGUUUGACAGGCAAAAACAGAGGUCCACUCCACACAGCGCAGAGAAGCAGCAUCUUUUAACACAAGUCUAUAUACUGAAACCUCCGGUAAAGAUUUUAAACGAUGACAGCUAAAACCCUGGACAAAACCCCAGUCACCCUCGGAGGUUUUGUACACCCACUUUCGGAAAGUGUGUACUCGGUGGAUGAAGCCAACUUGCCAGCCUCGGUUACUAUUUUUCCAAACAGUGAUUUGGGAGGACAUUAUGAGCAAAUUAACGGGGCUAUCGGAGAUGGCCUGAUUAAUGGGGACAUGAGCACAGAAAAGAGGUCUCUCGACUUGGCGUACUCCAGCUCCUUCACCCAACCCGCCGUCCCGCGCAACCAGACCUUCACCUAUAUGGGCAAGUUCUCCAUCGACUCUCAGUACCCAAGCAACUGGAACCCUGAGGGCGUCAUCAACAUUGUCAGCGCGGGCAUCCUGGGCAUGACCCAGCAGCAGCAGCCCUCCUCGGCAUCCUCGUCUCCCGCCUCGUCAGUGUCACCUAACCACUUCUCCAGCACCCUGAGCUGUACCAUGGCCCAGAGCCAGGGCCCGGACAUGGACCACAUCUACUCGCCGCCCCCGCCCUAUUCCGGCUGCGGGGAAGUCUACCAGGACCCGUCCGCCUUCCUGUCCACCUCCACGUGUCCCAUUUCCUACCCGCCGCCUUCCUACUCCUCCCCGAAGCCCACCGCCGACGGGGGGUUCCUGCCAAUCAUCCCAGACUACGGCUUCUUCCAGCCUCCAUGCCAGCGGGACAUGCAGUCUCUCCCCGACCGCAAGCCGUUCUCCUGCCCACUGGAGCCGUUCAGGGUUCCCCCUCCUCUGACCCCCCUCAACACUAUUAGGAACUUUACGCUGGGUGGACCUGUGCCGGAAGGACCCAGGCUGCCAACCACAUACAGCCCACAGAACUUGCCGCUGCGGCCCAUCCUGCGCCCGAGGAAAUACCCAAACCGCCCCAGCAAAACGCCCGUGCACGAACGGCCCUACCCGUGCCCUGCCGAGGGGUGCGACCGGCGCUUCUCUCGCUCGGACGAGCUCACCAGGCACAUUCGCAUCCACACAGGACACAAGCCCUUCCAAUGCCGGAUAUGCAUGCGCAACUUCAGCCGCAGCGACCACCUGACCACUCAUAUCCGCACGCACACGGGCGAGAAGCCGUUCGCCUGCGACUUCUGCGGGCGCAAGUUUGCGCGCAGCGACGAGCGCAAGAGGCACACCAAGAUUCACCUCAGGCAGAAGGAGAGGAAGUCAUCCAGCGCCUCCAACGCCACAAACUCUGAGCGCUCCUCCCUGGGCAUCAGCUCGGCGGCCGGCGUGUGCUCGUCCAGUUCCAGCCAAUAGACUGCACUGCCCCCCUUUUCCAAUUAACACUAUUUAAUGAUCACCACUAUUUUGUCACGUCUAUAGCCAUGGUGAUAUUAACUGGACUGGUGGAAUGAAUUAAAAAAUAAUAAUGAAACUGCCAGGAUAUACCCAAACCAGGGACUUGACUGUGAAAGUUGGCGCAGGUUGUGAUGUUGCACAUCCAAUCGCCCCCAUGGUCCGUUUCUUAACACUGGCAGCUGAAAGCCUGGCUCAAAAACAAGCGCACUUUGUUUUAAAAUAUAGGCUACAAGUAAAUAAUGUUUUUUCCUCACCUGACACUGAACUGCUGAUUGACAUUGUUUGCAUCAGGUGGCAAGUAGGAUAAUGUAACAGACUGAUGGGCCAUAUGAUUGAGGGAGACAACAUGCACUGAAAAAAACAAGACUGCCACGAACUGUUAAUACUUGAAAGGGUCCUGUCAUUUCAGACUUGGCAAUGAAUUGUAUAAGGAAUUAAAAAAAAACUGGAGUUGAUUCAUUUAAAACCUUGGUUGUUUCCCCUCUUAUUGUGCCUUCUUGGUCAGUUCUUUUUUGUACAUAGCUUCAGACUUACGUGAGCGUUUGGUUGAUUUGUAUAUUUGUCCAUUAAUGGGUAUGGGAACUUAAAAUAUAAAUCUAUUUUUGUAUAAGGUGUUUUGUGUCACGUCUGGGAAGCCCUGCGUUCCCAUAAACCACCCAAAACAAGGAAUGUAAAUAGUUUAACUCAUGACGAUGUUACGUUUGUUUUCUUUUUGUGAGCAUUUCAACUGAUCUGUGAAGUGAUGAUGAUGAAAACUAACGCAGGUCGAAGGCGACCUUGCUACUUCUUGUCAACUAAAAUAAACAAACAAACAAAAAAAUAAACACCACA